GGUAAAGCCCUGUGAUAUUAAAACGCCACGGACUAAUUUAUAGUUCCCAUCAUCGGUGCUCAUAAAGUGGUAUUAUGGGCUGAGCGGAGGAGGAGCGGGUGGGGCCUGGCUGGGAACACAGAGGCAGACUGUGGUCACUGACCGGAGACUCUACUGGCUUUUAUUCGACUGAAAUCCGACCGCAUGUCUGACCCAGGGGUCCGCCUGCUGCCGGGAGCAAACGGCACCCAUUUCGCCAAAAUUUGACGGAUGGAUGCUGUGCUGUCGUAGAAGAGGAGGAUGAACAAAACGCGUGAUAUAUUGUUUGGCAAUUUCGCUCAUCGCCUAUUUAUGGGAGGCAGCGGCGGCUUGGCCCGUUCUUUAUUAUAGGAAACAGAUCUCCGCGGUUAGCUAUGUGAAGAGCAGAUCGCCCAAUAAUUCUCGUUUCGCGAUCCUGAGGAAUAAUUAUGAACAACACGCAAGAUAUGUCGCCCGAUUUUGUGUUGAUGCGCCUGGUUUCCGCGGCCGAGGAUGACCGCUUGGACGCGGAAAACGGGAAUCUGCCGCCGGGAGGAGUGGUGGCAGGGCUGGGGAAGGAGGUCCUGGCUCACAGCGGCGUCAAAGCGGGUUUGGAUAUCAGCCGAGAUCCGACUGCGGGCCUCGAGCAUUCUAGCAGCCGCCUGAACAAAGCCCAGCCGAGCGGCGAGGGCACGGCUGCACCUGACUCCGGGGUGACGGAGAGCCGAGCACCGCUGUCCGCGCCUCCUCCGCCGCAGAGCCCCAUGGAGGCCCAGGGAUUUGACUUCGCUCCCAGCCCCGGCCUACGGCCUCAGCUGCUCGUCUUCUCCAAUAUAAUGCGGAACGGAGAAGGGAUUUUAGAAUUAGACCGUCGGAAUCAGCCGAGGGAUGCUCUGGGUUUGGACCAGAGCCCGGGGUCUGCAGGCUGCUCCGACCCGGCUGUCAAUAACAACACACUGAGUCCCGGAGACGUUCAGCAGCAGCAGCAGCAGCAGAGCCUGCUGGACCGGACAUGGGGAGCGCAUCCGCCGGUUUCUGUAACCGCGGAGAUGCAGGGAGCUGCGGAGCUCUGCCGCCAACACCGACUCAUCACUACCCCGCCCGAGUGGCCCUUGUUGUCGCAAACAUCCAGCCCUCUCACCGUGAUUGACUCUAAAUGGGGAUGCGCCUCCAGGGACAGAGAGGGAGCCGUGUUUGAGCUGGCCCGACGGUUCGGGGAGCUGGGGGUCGGCGCGGUACCCAAGAUGCUGUUCAAAGCAGGGGAGCUCCCGCAGUGUUCGUGUCAGGGUGCACACAGGCCGGCAGGAGGUGGAGUGGAGCCCGGGGAUGACCCGACAGAGACCAGCGAUGCUUUGUUGGUGCUGGAGGGGCUUGGAAGCGGGGAUGUUGCAGGCCUGGCCAUGGACGAGUGUCCGGAGGGUGAGCCGGAUGAUGAGAACGGACGCCGUGAGUUUUUACUCAACAGGAAAAGGGAAAUAGUUCAGAAAAUGUCCGGGGCUUUCUCCAUCAGCAGCUUCCAAGUGGAGCUGAGGAGGCAGGUGGAGGGGAUGGCCCACGCGGCGACCGAAUCGGCGCCAGCGGCAGCGCACCUUGGCGCGCAGGUGUGCAGCCUCCACGGGAACAUAACCAGCCGGCUCUCGCAGCAGGUAAACUCUGGCGAUUCAGAGGCGGUCGCCCAGGUUUCAGCCACGUCACCUACACCGGUCCAGAGCUCACCGUGGGCCACAAGCCCAAACCUGAGCCAGGCGUCGACACCCAGGAGGCGGCCGGAGCGGUGCGCCAGCGCGCCGCGGACUCCCACAGGCAGCUGGGCCGCGGGUGGAGAAAAGACGCUCAAAGUUCCAGGGAAGUCCAAAAAGGGCUCGUUAAAGAUCCGCCUGAGUAAACUGUUCCGGACUAAAAGCUGCAGCGGCUCCAAUCACCUGCUGGACAAGAGGCCCUCGGUGACCUACUCCGUGUCUUCUGCCGGGAGUCUGGUGGACAUGGCGAGCCACGCGGGAGCUGAGCAAGACGCAGACAGCCACAGCCAGCCCAGACUGACCAGGGCCCACAGUGCCUUCUCCCCCGCCUCCCUCUCUGCCUCCCUCUCUGCUUUCACUGGUGAGACAGUUUCCCUGGUGGAUGUGGAUAUUUCGCGGCGGGGGGCAAACACGCCACACCCUCCCACGCCUCCCCCUCCUCCACGCCGAAGUCUCAGUUUGUUAGAUGACUUUGCUGGGCCUCAGCCUGGGCCUUUCCUAGUGAGUGUUAUGGGCGCCUCCCUGCAGUCCCUCCCCCUGCCUCUCCCUCCUCCUCCUCCUCCCUCCCACGCCACCAUCCAGCACAGUCUCAGCCUCAAUGAGUCCUUCCUCCGGGCCCUCCCUCAUUCGACCCCAUUGCCGGCUGACGCUGCACCCCCUUCCAGACAGGUCCCGCCCCCCAUGUUGUGCGCCCUGCGGCGGUCUGAAGCCAGCAACUUCACCGCCAGUCUGAGAGAGCUGGAGAAGUGUGGCUGGUACUGGGGUCCGAUGAACUGGGAGGACGCAGAGAUGAAGCUGAAGGGGAAACCGGACGGAUCCUUCCUGGUCCGAGACAGUUCAGACCCCCGGUACAUCCUGAGCCUCAGCUUCAGGUCGCAGGCAGUCACACACCACACACGCAUGGAGCACUACCGAGGGACGUUCAGCUUGUGGUGCCACCCGAAGUUUGAGGACCGCUGCCACUCGGUGGUGGAGUUCAUCGAGCGGGCCAUCAUGCACUCCAAGAACGGCAAAUUCCUCUACUUCCUCCGCUCCAGAGUCCCAGGGCUUCCUCCCACCCCGGUUCAGCUGCUGUAUCCUGUAUCCCGCUUCAGCAACGUGAAGUCACUACAACAUCUCUGUCGCUUCUGCAUCCGACAAAUGGUCCGCAUCGACCACAUCCAGGAGCUUCCACUGCCCAGACCGCUAAUAUCCUACCUGAGUAAGUUUUAUUACUACGACCCCGAGGAGGAGACGUACCUGUCAAUCAAGAGCAUCCGGAGAGCUGUGGGAGCCGAGCAAGAGGCCGAGUCACAGACGUAGCAGCAGCGAUCUUCUCAGCUCAAGUUUCUGCAUGGAGGACUGAUCUGUAGGCUACUGGACUGCUAGUCUUCCAGCAUCAGCCAAUCAGAGUCCUCUGGAAAUCUCUCCAGCUGGACUAGGAUGGACCUGCCUCUCUCUUGACUUGGACUAACAAAAAGAGGGACGAGUGUUUGCAGCCGGAUGGCGGGAAAACUGUCAAUGAGACGUUCAGGUGCAGAGGACUCAGCCUCGUCUUCAGAGGGACUGCAGAGAUGUUCUCACCUGCAGACCUGUCGGUUUGAAACAAAAGGGAGAAUUAUGAACUUGAUUUGCAAAUUUCCUGAAGCUACUGAACUGGACUUUUAAAACACAAUGCACUGGUCAAUUUGUACAACUGUUGUUUGCUGCCGUUUCCUUGUUUUUCCUUCUAUUCUGUCAAAAAGAGGGUUUUUUGGAUUAAAAGUUGCCCUCAGGGGAGAUAUACACACAGAGGCAGGGCAGCAGAGGCCCAUCACCUAGCAUUCAGGGUCGGUCAGUCGAGGGGUUUAAGAGAGACAGGCCGCCAUGUUGGAGGCCCUAUGAUCUUUGUUUUUUCUCCCUGGAAAUCUCAAAAUUACAGCAGUGCUAAUAAAGUGCUUCUUCUACGGGGAUGGAUUUGAUAAAACGUUUACAACGUCUAAACUUUUAAGUACUAUCUGGAAGAUUUUCAUUUGAAUAAAUGUCUUUAAAGUCACUAUCUAUCGCCAAGUGAGGAUACACAAUGGUGACUCACUGAUGAAAGCCCUUGCAUUUGCAUUAUUAUGAGUAUAAGUAUUAUGAACUGGGUGUCUGUGGCGACGGCAUUGACAGGAAAAAUCACAAGCGGCGCACAGUUAGUGAUGCGUUUUUAUCAUAGUUGCUGUUUACAUCUGGACACGUUUUAACAAGACAAGGGAAAAAUACACCAAAGG